GCGGAUUCAUCAAAGCUUUAAAGAGUUCGUUUUUUUGUUGAAGUGUAGUUGUCUUAUCUAUCUAUCAAUUUGGAGCAGUUGGAAAAAAAACAAAAAAAAACAUUAAACGUGGGGAAAGUGGUAGGGAUUAGCUCAAACCAGAAGAUGGCAGUAAUGGGACCACAUGAACGCAAGCUACCGUUAAACCCCAAAGAAGAAGAAGAAGAAGAAGAAGGACGUUCACCGGAACUUAUGCCAUUUAAAGUAGUCCCACUCCGGUUCCGCCAGAGCGUCCACGGUGCUCAUCAUGUCACCGUGUCAAGAACGUUGCUUUUUAUUAACUAACGUUAGUAAAUUUGUCAGCUAGCGGCAGAGCAGACUGAACAUUUAUGAGCCUGGUUUUCCAUUCACAGUGACUUCAGGACCUUUUCAAACUUUGGAUGGAGUCAGCGUCCAACUUCUCAGUGUUUUGCGUAGUCACAGCAGGGAACCUCAGGGUUUGGGAUUCAGGACAUCCUGCCCAUCGUCGGUGAGAGAAGAAUGGUCAAGUACUUCUCUAAUAAGACGGACAUCAGGAGCACAUGGGACCUUGUCGCCUCUGCUUUCUGGCAGAGGUAUCCAAACCCAUUCAGCACCCAUGUUCUAACAGAGGAUGUUGUGUACCGGGAGGUGACUGGGGACAACCAGCUCUUCUCCAGACGUCUCCUGACGAAGACCAAUCGGCUGCCUCGCUGGGCAGAGCGGUUCUUCCCUUCUGGCAUGUCUCGCUCUGUGUACGUCAUUGAGGACUCCAUUGUGGACCCUGUCAAUAGAAACCUCAUCACUUACACCUGGAACCUUAACCACACAACUAUCAUGUCAGUUGAAGAACGUUGCAUUUUUCAAGACUCGGCAGAAGAGCCGGCCACCACCCUGCUCAAACGAGAGGCCUGGAUUUCCUCGAGCAUUUUUGGCUUCUCUAGACCAAUUCAGGAGUUUGGAUUGGCUCGCUUCAAGAGCAACCAGGUGAAGGCCAUGAAGGGACUGGAAUACGCACUGUCCAACCUACAAGGGAUUGGCGUCAGGCUGAGUGUUGCGGUGAGUAUGUUAGCAGGGAGGCAUCAAUCUGCCAUCCCAGGCCUGGCCUCGGGCUGUCACAUGAUGUUGUACUUGAGCCUCACACAGUAGUUUGUGUAGUGGAGGUAGUGACAGAAUGUCUAAGGAGUAAAACUGAGAAAAGUGACUCCGAUAGUUUAGUGUGGUUAUAGAUCAUAGACCCUGCAUAGUUGACCAUAGUGUUAGUUUUUUUUCAGAGAUAAAAUCUGAACCCUAUUAUUGAGGGAAAUCUGGUUGAAGUGGUGUUUUUCAAAUAAAUGUUUUCUUGCCAUACAUUCUGUCUGGGUCUAGUAUCACUGCUGCCCACAGAAAGAUUACUUAUAUUAUCAUUGAAUGCAUUUUCUUUGUCAUUGUUUACAAUCUAAACAUUGUCUUGCUAUCUUGGUUUGAAAAUACAUUUAAUUGGAAAGUUUAUUUUUCUGUAUUAAAUCAAACAAUUAUUAAUAUUUUUUACAUGUAGCUACAAGAGCUACAUAGAGAACAGUGAAAAUUGUACUUAAAAUGCAAACAAGUAGUUUUGCAUUUCUACUCUUGGAUUGAUCAGAUUAUGUUAUUAUAAUCCAGAUCCAAAUUGGUUACCUUGAAAAGAGUGUCACCUACUCCACGCCGCGUUACAUAUAGCAGUGUAGUUGAUGAUGCAAGAUGGAGAACAGAGGAUCUCCAGUUUUUUUGCUUUUUUUUCCUGGUUCUCUGUGCCUUACAGAAUACAGAUCCUGCUGAAAUGCACUUAAUGUUUUUAUUUUCUAGUUUGACUGUGAGACGUAAAACUUUCAACUACACACACAUUUAUACACUUAAUUUAUAAGUCUAAAUGGACGCAGCCCCUUAUGGAAUCAUUAUUACCUAUAUUGAUUGUUGACAGCAUUGGCAUUAAUUAAUAUUCAGACCAAUUCAACACAUUUUACUUUAUUAUUCACCUCUUAAUCUCUUACACAUCAGUGUGACUUCAGUAAUGUGGAGAUAAAAUUUCGUAACUUCGAACAUGAUAAAUAUCAGUAUUCUGAAAUAAACGAAGUCGAGGUCAAUUACAAGUGAUAUUACUGAAACUGAGUGAAUGUGAGAAUUUAAAAUAUCACUGUCAGACUUCUUUGAAGACAUAGUCUGCUUAUUAAGAUCAAUUCACAGUUCGUGUCAGCAUCUGGCUCGUGAGUCAGAUCUUCCUCUUCAUGGAAACGGAAAGCUUGGGUCCGUAACUAUAUCUGAAACGCUUUUUAACCUAUUUAUAGAAAUCCGUUUCAUUACACUUACAGUCAAUUCAUGAAAUGGUCUGGAAAAAAAGAAAUAUGGUGUCUGUAGCACUUGCAAUGCUAGUAAUUUGCUACCUGGAAAUAAACAUUUAAAAUUUGAACUUAUUACCAUACCAUUUAUCAUUUAUACUAACUACGUUGUGCAAAUUUGAUAUUGUCUGAGAAUCCACCUGAAAUAAGUGAUCAGAGGGACAGAGAGACAUGUGCCACCUCAUUUCGAGGACUGCUGCCUGUUUUAGCAACAUAGUCCUUAACAGUCCAAUGUGCAAUAGUUGAGCGCCACCUAUUGUCAUAAAUACGCCUGUUCUAGCUGCUCACCAGUGAACAGAGACAUGCAUCUCAUGAACACUGCAUAUUUAGACUUUAUGCACUUUGUUCUCUAUGUUGUGUAUAAAUGGAGAAAUCUGGCACUUUUAACUUUUCAGACGCUUUGUUUUCUUCAGUUAGACACAUAUCGAGAUGUAUUCGCUAUUUGAUUGCCUUGCAAUAUUGAUCGUCACAGAAUAUUAUUGGUGUCAGUGACCAUGUAGUCGGUUAAUAUUUGUUUCCUGGUGUCAUGUGAGGCACAAUGUUGAAGCAAGCAGACACGCGAGUAACUCGACGGAAGAAAAGGGAAUGUGUUUUAAAACCCUACGUCGUAACAUCAGUCUGCAGCACGUGCUGAAACUCAGGCAGUGAAGUGUUAGUCAAGGACUGGAGUCACCUUUUAAAAUAUGCAUGAUGACCAUUAGAUUUCUGUAGUUUAAAACAUGACAUGAUGUUGAAGUCGUAUGUUAAAUUUGUUUUCGGCACCCAUGAAUGCUUUUAAGAAGAAUUUCCUCUCCAACACGUGAAGAGGUUUCUCUCUUGCUGUCAGCCUGAAGCUGCCGCACAAAUCUGUAUCUGUGUCUGCCGAGUAUAUGUCUAUAAAAGUACGUAAAAGUGAAGGAAACUGUUUGUCACUGCUUGUCACUGCUCUUUCCAUCUCUGCCACUGUUUAGGGAAAGUGCGCUGUUGUCGUUAAGGUUGCUGCUCUCACGUGAGGUACUGCAUGUGUGAGGGUUCAAAGUGAGGUCAGAUACAAAUAGACUCUGCAGCCCAUGGCAGUGGAAGCAGUGUGAGGCAGUUCCGAACUAAUGAGGGUGAGCUCACUUCAAGACGUUUUCAAAAAUAUAACACCUGAGAAGUAUUUCAAUUUAGUUUUUUCGUGUCACGUUGUUUU